AUGAUGAAUAAAGCUAUCAUUUUAUUAUUUAUUUUUAUAAAUAUUGUAUUUGUAUAUACAACUACUCCUUCUUUUCAAAUAGAUAAUCAAGCAACUGUUACUUUGAUUAAACAAUAUAAUCAAAGUCAACUUUAUGAAAUUUCAUCAUUUGGAUAUGCACAACCAAUUUAUGUUGCAAAUUUAACAGGUACUUCCUAUGAGAUGGGUUAUGCCUACGGUUAUUUCUUUGCUGAAGCCAUCGUAGAGUCAUAUCACUCACUUUUGGACAAUGUUUUACCAAACCAAGAGGCUCAAGAUGUAUUGGAGUUGUUCUUGGAUUGGCAAUUCAAAGAUUUCCUCUCAAAGCAAUUGCCACAACAAUAUUUCGAUGAACUCAGAGGUCUUUCCGAUGGUGCCAACGAAGCUGGUAUGCCAGAUGUCUCUGUUUUGGCCAUUCGUACAAUGACCAUCGCCAAUUUCCCAGGAGACAUUCAAUCCAACAUUGAAUAUUUAUUAGAAAACGAGGCAGAAUCAUUGGUAUCCUAUUUAUUCACAGAGGAAUACAAGAAUAUUAUUGAAAGUGGAAAGUUUGUUAGAGUUUUAGAGCAAUUGGCAUUGUCUGGAUUCAAGGGAUGGCAAUGUUCACACUUCUCCGUAUGGGGAGACAGAACUGUCAACGGUGAUAUGUUUAACGGUCGUAAUUUGGAUUGGUUCCCAGGAACUGGAAUCUCUCAACACAAGGUGUUGGCAGUCUACCAUCCAACCACUGGUGGUUCCGCUUUCUUGAACGUCGGAUUUGCCGGUUUGCUCGGUUCCAUCACCGGUAUCAGUGCCAACGGUAUCUUUGUCGCCGAGUCCGAUUCCGACACCCGCCCGGUGACAUUCGACGGUUUCGCCUGGACAUUGAGAUUGCGUUACGUAAUGCAAUACGCAUCGACCAUCGAAGAAGCUCUGAACAUCUGGCGAACCACCAACAACACUUUCGGAAUGAAUCACAUGUUGUCGUCGGCAUUCGAAGCAAACACCGUCCAACAUCCAGCCUACGCUUUGGAAACGAUGAAGGGAUACACCGCCUACUUCCCAGACAACGAUCCAAGCGAGGUCUACUACUACAAGGACACCGGUGUUCAAAUGGGAUACCCGAUUCCACAGGCUGUCUAUCGUACCAAUCACGGAUACGACCAGCGCAUACGUCAGGAGCAAACAUUCGUGCCAGCUCCAGGCGAUGACACAAUGGUUCGUUACUUCUUGUUCCACGACAACUUUGAGUAUUUCGGACAACAGAAUGCCAUCGGUGAUUUGGCAGCAGUCAACAUCACAUCGAUUCUCGGUGACAAGAACAAUACCGACUUUUACGAUUGUUCCGAGGCUUACAACGGUGCCAACGUAGUAUCGGCCACUUUCCACUCACAAACAUCAACCAUGUACAUCGCCUACGAAGAAGGUUCAGGUGCACAAAGAAAAUGUGCAUGUUGUGGUGUCUACGUUAAAAUUGAUCUUGCACAAUGGUUCGGAUCCUCUAUUCCAUCGACUGCCACCAGAUUUUCAUCGUCACCAUCAGUCAACAUCAAUCAUAACAGAAAUACUAAAAACUCACACAACUAA